AUGACGAAUUAUAUUCUGUCAUCGUCUGAGAAGAUUUUGCUUUCUUUAACCAUUAUCGUUGUUUUCGUUUCAAUAAUUUUAGCGCUUUGCAUCGGCCUAGUUUUGCCAUCAGACUUUAUUAAUGGCGAUACUCCACCGCAAAAAUUAUCUGAAUGCAAAUGCGGUAACUACUUAGGCUUUGAUUUGGGCAGUGUAACUGAGAAAGAGCGCCCCGGAGAUGGCGGCGCUUCGUUGGUUGGAGGUGAUGACCUCGGUGAUGACCUCGGUGAUGACGUCAGUGAUGACCUCGGCGAUGACCUCGGCGAUGACCUCGGUGAUGACCUCGGCGAUGACCUCGGUGAUGACCUCGGCGAUGACCUCGGUGAUGACCUCGGUGACGACCUCGGUGAUAACGUGGGUGGUGAUCUCGAUGAUGAAGCCUCUUAUCUGGUAUCUUUACAUACGAGGAACCAUUUCGGCACCGUUACUGUGCAGCAACUUGCGUGUUCGGGUGUAAUUGUUUUGAAGGAUUGGGUGUUGGUUGGACGAGAGUGUGCUAAGAACGAUACAGAAUGGUUGAAGCUCAAAGUGAGAGGUGGAAGUGAUUACUGGGAUAAAGAUGGAUUUGUGCAUAAUGUUACGAAGUAUGUCUACUUGUCGGAAGAACCCGCCUCGGGACCGGCACUUCUUCAAGUGUCGCCUCCCUUUGCUCUGGGCAAAUACAUUAACACUGUGAAGGUGCCUGACAGCACAUUUGGCUGGAGUCAGGCUGUUAUUAAAUAUUGGAGGAAGGGAAAACACGGGCAUAAGAAUAAUAUGUAUGUAAGCGAGGCGUGGGCAAAGAAUCCGCAGGUCGGGUCGUCGCUUGAAGCUGAAAUUAGACAGAGCGUCUCUUGCGCUGGGCAGCAUGCGGUGAAGCAUGCGUUGUCAGGAGCUCUUACAUCUACAGAAGGUGAACUAAUUGCUUUUAGAGUAGGAUUAUGCAAAAAGCAGCAAGUUUUCGUGAAUUUUCUAAAAGGUCCGUACGCUAAAUGGAUAAGGGGGCUGAUUGUUGAAGGGGAUCCCAGAGAGUUUCUUAUUGAACCAGAUUUCUUCGCUCCGAUUUUUAUGUAUCGGUUGAACCUUGAGAAUAUUCCGCCGUCGUUCUUAGUUCCUCGUCCCUUACAGACCCCAAAUGCGGAUAAUGUAGGCGUGACAGUCGACCCGAAAGUUUCACAAGGAUUACUACCAAGCGCGGAAAAUACCAAUACUGCCAACACCCACGGAUUGUUUGGAUCAAAAUUCUUUUCCAAUAAGAAAGUCUGGAGCACUUCUACAACUAAAAAAAAGACAGGCAAAGAUGAUUUAACUAGCGCGCCGCCGACAGUAGUUCAGAUAAGUUCUAGCAGCGAAACCACCGAAAUAUUAAGCGCAAGCGAGAAAGAAAGGCUUCCACCUAGAAUAGAAGAUAAAAUAUCCAAUGAUUAUUCUCCUUUUCUAUACAAAUUCCCAGGAAAGGGUCCUUUACCUAAAUCAACAGCUUUGAACCCAUCUAUAGUAGGACCUGUUGGACCGGCGCACUUUACAAUUCCCCCUGCAAAGCAAACCGUCGCUUCUGAUAUAUCCAGAAUACCAGAUUCCAAUCCUAAAAACCUAAAUCCAAUGUUCGGUGAAUAA